AUGGCAGUGACAUUGUUUUUUUUUCCCUUUCUGCUUCAAGCCCUGAAAGAACCAGCUUUUCUUGGAAAGAAACAUUUUUAUCUUGGCAUUACUGACUUUUUCUUGAAUGAAGAAUUCCUUUCACUUCUUUUUGCAUCUUCCCAACACGGUUACAUUGUUUGCAUCCAUAAAUAUAUUUUGGUCAUCUUUUUCAUAUUUUUUGUUUACCCCUUAUAUUCCCUCUGCCCUUCUUGUUUCUCCAUUUUCUUCUCUCUCUCUCUCUCUUUCUCUCUAUCUCUAUCCUCACUCCUCCCUCUAUCUCUAUCCUCACUCCUCCCUCUAUCUCUAUCCUCACUCCUCCCUCUAUCUCUAUCCUCACUCCUCCCUCUGUCUCUAUCCUCACUCCUCCCUCUAUCUCUAUCCUCCUCCUCUGUCUCUAUCCUCCCCUCCCUCUGUCUCUAUCCUCACUCCUCCCUCUGUCUCUAUCCUCACUCCUCCCUCUGUCUCUAUCCUCACUCCUCCCUCUGUCUCUAUCCUCACUCCUCCCUCUGUCUCUAUCCUCACUCCUCCCUCUGUCUCUCCUCCCCCUCCCUCUGUCUCUAUCCUCCUCCUCCCUCUGUCUCUGUCCUCCUCCUCCCUCUGUCUCUGUCCUCCUCCUCCCUCUGUCUCUCCUCCUCCCUCCCUCUGUCUCUAUCCCCUCUGUCUCUCCCCCUGUCUCUGUCCUCCCUCCUCCCUCUGUCUCUGUCCUCCUCCCCCUCUGUCUCUGUCUUCACUCCUCCCUCUGUCUCUGUCUUCACUCCUCCCUCUGUCUCUGUCUUCACUCCUCCCUCUGUCUCUGUCUUCACUCCUCCCUCUGUCUCUGUCUUCACUCCUCCCUCUGUCUCUGUCUUCACUCCUCCCUCUGUCUCUUCUGUCUCUGUCUUCACUCUUCUGUCUCUGUCUUCACUCUUCUGUCUCUGUCUUCACUCUUCUGUCUCUGUCUUCACUCUUCUGUCUCUGUCUUCACUCCUCUGUCUCUGUCUUCACUCCUCCCUCUGUCUCUGUCUUCACUCUUCUGUCUCUGUCUUCACUCUUCUGUCUCUGUCUUCACUCUUCUGUCUCUGUCUUCACUCUUCUGUCUCUGUCUUCACUCUUCUGUCUCUGUCUUCACUCUUCUGUCUCUGUCUUCACUCUUCUGUCUCUGUCUUCACUCUUCUGUCUCUGUCUUCACUCUUCUGUCUCUGUCUUCACUCUUCUGUCAUAGUUUUGACUUAA